CGCCACCCAUCGUCCACAUCUUCUCACGUCUCUCUCUCUCUCACUCUGAUACCCCUCCCCCCCCCGCUCUCCACCCCGCGAUGGCCACGCCCGCCGUCCGUUCCGCGUCGGCCGCGCCGUCAUUCGAUCUCGCGCCGCACCUCCCGCGCGCCUUGCCCUCACCGCUCGGCGAGCUCUCCCUUCUCCUCGCGCCCGCGUCCGCGCUCUCCCCACGCACAAAGGCGGCGCUCUACGCGCUCUUCGACAAGAACAUGGCCCCGCUCGCAGCCGGCACGAGCAUGGCGCACGACCGCGCCGCCAAGCUCGCGGAAAUGUUCGACCCGGACGCGCGCUACCUCCUCCUCGCGCGCGCGGGGCGCAUGCCCGGCGCCAUGCCGCGAGUGUCCAGGCGGCGGCAGGAGGACGUGGAUGUCAGCGACGAGCUGGUGGGGUUCGCGAGCUUCCGCUUCGACACGGAGGACACGAUGGGCGCCGACGACGUCGAGGUUGUGUACUGCUACGAGCUGCAGCUCACGGAACGGGCGCGGGGAGCGGGCCUCGGCGCCCUCCUUAUGGCCGAGCUCGAGGGCAUCGGGGCCAAGCGCGGCAUGGCCAAGGCCAUGCUCACAUGUCUGGCGAACAACACCGCCGCCCUCGCGUUCUACGCCAAGGCCGGAUACACGCCCGACGAAAUCGAUCCCACACGCAUAGCGGAGGAGGGCGGGUGGGAGGACGUCGACUCGGAUGGCGAGCAGCGCCGGCCAGAUUACAGGAUCCUCUCCAAGCUUCUCUGA